AUGUCACCUGUAUUCUGUCGCCGCCGUGUGCGCACGCUGACCAGCCUCUACCACACAGCGGCGAAGAUCAAGGAGAGCCAACGCCGGCGACACGCGCCUGAAGCAAUUGUCGACGAGAUCAUCGAGGCUUUCGAGGAUCACAGGAAGAUGUCGCCCAGCGAUGACCCACAGAGCGAUGCUAAGAGACGGAAAGCCACCCAGAUUGGCGCUGAGAUCAACGCCACACAGAAGGAGAUCGGACAGAAAAAAAAGGCACGUCAUUUGGGCAGGAACUCUAUGAAGAAGAAAGAGGAUCUCCAGAAAGAGAAGGCAUCCCAGGAGGAGCUAGCUGCGGAGAAGCUUGCCGCGCUGAACCGCAAAGCCAAAAGCAUCGGCAACUACGUACAUGACUCAGUACCCGUCAGCAACAACGAGGACGACAAUGCGUUGAUUCGAAAGUGGGCACCGGAAGGAGUAACGCCCCAAAAUUUGGACUGCCUAUCACAUCAUGAGGUGUUGACGAGGCUGAAUGGUUACGACCCCGAGCGUGGUACUAAAAUCGUGGGCCAUCGCGGCUACUGUUUGACAGGCUAUGGGCUAUUUCUUAACCUGGCACUUGUCAACUAUGGUCUCGAGUUUUUGUUCAACAAAGGCUACACACCCAACCAGCCACCAUACUUCAUGCUGCGAGAAGCCAUGGCGAAGACUGCGCAGUUGGAGCAGUUCGACGAAGAGCUAUACAAAGUAACCGAGGACGAAAACAACAAGACCACCGACAAAUACCUCAUCGCAACUUCGGAGCAACCCCUCUCCGCUUUGCAUUCGGAAGAGUGGCUGCAGGACAACGAUCUGCCCAUAAAGUACGCAGGAUACAGCACCUGCUUCCGGAAAGAGGCCGGCGCUCAUGGAAGGGAUGCCUGGGGCAUCUUUCGCGUCCAUCAGUUCGAGAAGAUUGAGCAGUUCAUUUUCUGCAAGCCAGAAGCCAGCUGGGACAUGUUCGACUCGAUGAUUUCGACUUCGGAAGAAUUCUACCAGUCACUAGGACUUCCGUACCGGAUCAUGGCCAUAGUAUCUGGAGCCCUAAACAACGCCGCAUCGAAGAAAUAUGAUCUCGAGGCUUGGUUUCCGUACCAAGGGGAGUACAAAGGUAUGUUUAACGCAUGCUAUCUAGGCUCGAAUUGCACAGACUAUCAAUCGCGAGAACUAGAGAUACGUUAUGGCGCUAAGAAAAAGACGGAUACGACCAAGACCUACGUACACGCUCUCAACAGCACUCUCUGUGCAACCGAGCGCGCACUCUGCUGCGUACUGGAGAACUACCAGAAAGAGGAUGGAAUCGAGGUACCCGCCGUGCUCCGCAAGUACAUUCCUGGCAACCCAGAGUUCCUCCCCUACGUCAAGGAGCUCCCUAAGGACAGCACGUCGCAGAAGGCGAAGGGCAAGGCGCCAGGUCCCAAGCCGAAGAUCGCAGCGCCUGGUGAAGCUCCCGACAAGCUGCAUGAACUUGAACGGCUGAAGAUCGGUCAGUCAUAA